AUGUCUGCAAGAAGAGUGGACAACGGUAUCGUCACGGUGAUAGCUAUUGAUAAAGACAAGAACAGCCAACACGCAUUGAAAUGGGCGGUUGAGAACAUUCUUGUCGAUUCUCCAAACUGUGUUCUUCUCCACGUUGAACCUAAAGGAAACACUGGAGCACAUAUACAACGUGACAAUCAAGAUGAUUCUCAUCAAUUCUUUCUUCUUUUCAGAGGAUUCUGCUCUAGAAAAGGAAUUAUUCCCAAGGAGGUUCUUCUUAGAGAGAUUGACAUCUCUAGUGCUAUUGUCAGCUACAUCACCAACAACUCCAUUUCAAAUAUAGUUGUUGGCGCAUCUUCUCACAAUGCCUUUUUCAAGAAGUUUAAGAGUCCAGAUGUUCCCACCACUUUGCUUAAAACGUCUCCAGAGACUUGCGCAGUCUUUGUUGUGUCAAAAGGUAAACUGCUAAAAAGCAAAUCCGCAAGUCAGGCUCUGAAGCAUCAUCCCGUACAACAAAGUCUCUCUACUUUGUUGUACAAUAACGAGCCAACGACUUCCACCUAUUCAAGUGAUUCAGAGAGGGAAUCAUUUGUAUCUACACAACACAGCAAACCCAUGUCAGAUUUCUCCCAAACCAGUUCACCUCCUCGCAUCUCAUCAACGCAAACUAUGAGUGAGUUUUCACAGUCAGACACUGACAGUGGAAGUUAUGGUAUGGUAUCAACUGUGACUUCUUACACUAUAUCUCAAAGUUCCACUACCAACGGAAGCUCCAUCUCUUCAACAUCCACGGAGAGUCCACAUGCGGUAACUUUCAUGGAACAACAGAAUCAAAAUCUUGAAGCAGAAGUGAGGAGAUUGAGACAAGAACUGAAGCAGUAUAAUCCCUCAAACAACAAAGAAAGCUCUCAAGAACAUAAACUACCUAGAGCCAAAGGUGUUAGAAGAUUAGACCAAGCAAUAGAGAUGCCUAGAGCAUUGUCUGAGGAGAAUCAGAAAAGGCUUUCAGCAAUCCAAGCAGCUGAAAUAGCAAAAAAAUUAGCAAAAAUGGAGAGCCAAAAGAGAAAGUUACUUGAGAUGCAAGCCAAGUUGGAGAAACAAAGAAUGGCAAGCAACGUCUCUUACAGACGUUACAGUAUCAAAGACGUUGAAGGUGCUACCAAUGGCUUUUCAGAUUCCUUAAAGAUCGGUGAAGGAGGGUAUGGACCUGUGUACAAGGCCGUCCUCGAUUACACUUCUGUCGCCAUUAAAAUCUUGAAGUCUGGUAUCACACAAGGCCUGAAACAGUUCCAACAAGAGGUUGAGGUUCUGAGUAGCAUGAGGCAUCCUAAUAUGGUGAUCCUCCUCGGUGCAUGUCCUGAGUACGGUUGUCUUGUUUACGAGUACAUGGAGAAUGGAACGCUUGAAGAUCGUCUAUUCUGCAAAGACAAUACACCACCGCUUUCUUGGAGAGCAAGGUUCAGAAUCGCUGCGGAAGUUGCCACAGGGCUUCUUUUCCUUCACCAUGCGAAACCUGAGCCGUUGGUUCAUCGUGAUCUGAAGCCGGCAAACAUUCUACUUGAUAGACAUUUCACUAGCAAGAUUAGUGACGUUGGUUUAGCUCGUUUAGUACCUUCCUCUGUGGCUGAUAGCUAUAGUAACUAUCACAUGACUUCUGCAGCUGGCACAUUCUGUUACAUCGACCCUGAGUACCAGCAAACCGGAUUGCUGGGAGUGAAAUCUGAUCUGUACUCUUUUGGUGUGGUGCUUUUGCAAAUGAUAACAGCCAUGCCAGCAAUGGGAUUAGGCCAUAAAGUAGAGAUGGCGGUUGAAAACAACAAGCUCAGUGAACUUUUCGAUCCAAAGGUAUCAGAAUGGCCUGAGGAAGAGACUCUGGGGUUGGCUAAAUUGGCUUUACAGUGCUGCGAGCUGAGGAAAAGAGACAGACCUGAUCUUGCUUCAGUAGUGUUACCGGCUCUGAACAGGCUAAGAGAGUUUGCAAGGGAGGAUCAUGAACGUAUCAAGGACAGAACAUCUCAUGUAUCACAAUCUAACUAUUCGGAUCCGGUUCCUUCCUCUCAGAUUAGCAGGAAGCCAACUUUGGGAUUACCUGAGAUCCACGGCCAUCUUGAUCAGUUAAAGACGCGUAGUCAUUCAGUACCAAGAAGAAGUAGACGACCUCCAAGAUCAGAAAGAAGCAGCCAGUACAAAGGCAACCGUUGGUUUUUUAUGAGUUGUGCACCUUCCAAAAGUUCAGUGGGGUGA